CCGCAACAUUUAAGCUAGCUCUCUUUUCUCUCUAAACUCCAUCCUUUUCUUGUAUGCUCUUGUUAAUCUUGCUCCCUUUUUUUUUUUUUUUUUUUUUGCUUUGUGUAAAUCAUAAAUUAUUCAAUACGACUUAAAAAUGGCCACUUCGAAGACGGCUACAGCGUCUGGGAGUGCGGACCCUUCUAUCCUAGAGGAGAAAAAUGAAUAUGGCGUGCUCAAGACACCGCUUCUAGCUCCCACCGCCAGCAGUUCCGUCCCGGCAAAGCCGGCCCUUACCGCUGACCAGCAAAGCAAACAUGACUGGCUCUUGAAGCGUGUAAACGCCUGGACUGAAGUCCAAUGUGCUGACGGGAAGAGCGGUCCUUUGACCGACAGCGAGAAGAUGUGGCUCACCAGAGAAUGUCUCUUGAGAUACUUGAGGGCUACCAAAUGGCACGAGAAGGAUUCAGAAAAGCGACUGCUAGAAACUCUAGCUUGGCGGAGGGAGUACGGGGUCGAGGAGUUAACUGCAGAAAACAUUGGCCCCGAAAACGCGACUGGGAAACAAAUCAUCCUGGGCUACGAUAAGCAAUGCCGUCCCUGCCAAUACCUUAACCCAGGACGCCAGAAUACAGACGUCUCUCCUCGCCAGGUUCAGCACCUGGUUUUUAUGCUCGAACGGGUUAUCGAAGUCAUGCCAGCUCAGCAAGAAACCCUCAGCCUUCUUAUUAACUUCAAGCAGGGCAAGAACCGCACAAAUACAGCACCUGGCAUCGGCCAAGGUCGCGAGGUCUUGCACAUUCUCCAGACCCACUACCCUGAGAGGUUGGGUCGGGCGAUGAUCAUCAACGUUCCAUGGGUCGUUUGGGGCUUCUUCAAGCUUAUCACACCCUUUAUCGAUCCGUUGACCAGGGAAAAGCUAAAGUUCAACGAAGACAUGGCACAGUACGUACCGAAGGAGCAGUUAUGGAAAGAAUUUACAGGUGGCGAGUUGCAGUUCGAAUAUGAUCACGACACUUAUUGGCCCGCAUUGCAAAGCCUUUGUGCUGAGAGACGUGCCGAGCAAGUGCGGAGAUGGGAAGCUGGAGGGAAGCAGAUCGGCGAAAAGGAGGACUAUCUCAAGGGUUACGAUACCCAAGGGAUAUCGUCAUCGUUUGGAUCUUCGACUGAAGUAACCGCCUAGGCCAAUGUCGCAACUUGGAAAAGAGGUAAGGCUCUAGCAAAGAUUUGACCAUUCCUAGACGGGUUGAGCGGCCGAAGAAUCGAACCGUAUAGAGGAGGCACCCCUUCAUUGAUAGAAAACUAUCCAUAUUAACUACACGCAUUAGCAAUAGCAUGAUGAUAACUACCACUUUUUACAAGUGGUAGAUGGCUGAGCAGGCAGCCAGAUGUAUACCUAGCUAGAUAUAAUAGAUAAAUAUUCACUAAAAGUGGUACAUCA